CACCCCUAGAAUUGCAAUCCGCCCUGGCUUUCGCAGCACAGGGUGUUCGCCGGCCAGCAGAAUCCAAAUGAACUCCUACGUUUCCGCCAUUGUCGCGCGCCCCAUACAUUUUGUUGUUGUUGUAUCCGCUCAGUGCAUUUUAUUUUGUGUGUUUUUGUUUUCGUGUUUAUUUCCAAUUGAAUAUUCGAUGAUGCACAGAACACACUGAAUCAGCCACAUCCACAUAGCACACUGAACGAAACCCAACCCGAGCCCGAAACUGAGUAGAAGAAAGUCCAUAGCCACCGAGACCCUUUCCAAAAACAAGUCCAAAAUGGCCAAAAUGUACGGAAAGGGUAAGACUGCCAUCGAGUCGGAGGAGCAGCAACGACGUCGCUGGCAGAUUGAACUGGAGUUCGUUCAAUGCCUGUCCAAUCCAAAUUAUUUGAAUUUCCUUGCGCAGCGUGGAUUUUUUAAGGACCAAUCGUUCAUCAACUACCUGAAGUAUCUACAGUACUGGAAGGAGCCUGACUAUGCCAAGUACCUCAUGUACCCCAUGUGCCUAUACUUCCUGGAUUUGCUGCAAUACGAGCACUUUCGACGGGAGAUUGUCAAUUCACAAUGCUGCAAGUUUAUAGACGAUCAGGCGAUACUCCAGUGGCAGCACUAUACGCGAAAAAGAAUCAAGCUGCUCGAGAACGUAAACGCCGCUCAGCAACAGCAGCAACAACUGCAACAACAGCAACAGCAGAGCAACGGCGGGGAAGCGGCAACAGGAGGCGAAGCGACGGCAGCCACGCCCAAUGGAAAUGGCAAUGCAGCCAUCGCAUCGGAGGGGCAGGCGGCCACCACAGCAUCUCAAACUGCCCAGAAUCAGGCGGGGAAUACCCAGCAGCAGCCACAAGUUAACGGGCUAGGCACGGGGUCCAAUAUGAAACUAGAGUUGAACUAGCCCUGGCAACUGAAAGUUUACCAAUAAAGUAGAGUAAGAAUGA